AGUUGAUGUGACCCCCUCUUUGAGUCAGAUGAUAACGGCCAGCGGCCAUCGACAGCUUUCCAGCCUCAAUCCUACAGAAACCCGGCCAUCCAUAUGAUAGGUACAUCUAGAAUAGAAUCAGAACGAAACCUUAAUUGCACGAAGUUCCCAUUCAACUCGUGCUAUCUUCGAGACUCGGUUGUCCCAUUUUCCGACAGAGACAACCUCAAGAACAGCCACUGUCACAGCGCCCUGGUUGUGCCAUCGGCCCUGGGCAGACCUAUAUUUUUCUUUCCCGUUCUUUGAAAAUCAUGGCAAAUCCCGUAAUUCCCCCGCUGAUGCGAGCAGCUCAGAUAAAGGAAUACAACAAACCAUAUGAGCUAGUCGAGAGGGAAACUCCGGCUCUUCGCACUAAUGAGCUACUUAUCAGAGUUCAUGCGGCCGGAUUCUGCCAUUCGGAUCUACAAGUUCUACAAGGACAAUUCAAUUCGCCCUUGGGCAUGAUCGCAUCUCAUGAACCUGCCGGCAUCGUGGUUCAAGUCGGCAAAGACUGCAGUGAGAGUUGGAAGGUCGGCGAUAGAGUAGGUGCUCUCAACUACAAGAACUCAUGCGGAAAAUGCAGUGGCUGCGGUUUGGUACUCCGUACUAGCAAGAAACAACGCCUGGACCCAAGAUUUUGCGAAAAGCGAGAAACAGCCGGCUUCCAUCAUGAUGGGGCUUUUGCCGAGUAUCUUACCGUAGAUCCGGAGACCACCGUCAGCUUACCGCCAUCUCUGUCUUUCGAGCAAGCAGCGCCAUUAAUGUGUGCAGGGGCUACAGUUUGGGGCUCGCUAGAAAAGGCAACAAGUGAGCUCGAGACAGGAGAUACGGUGGCCAUUGUCGGCAUCGGAGGUCUGGGCCAUCUCGGCUUACAAUUUGCCAGCGCCAUGGGUUUCCGCGCCAUAGCUGUUGAUAGCCGACCAGCAGGAAGGCAGCUCGCUACUGAGAUGUUCAACGAUAAUCUUAGGCCUGCACUGGUGGUGGACUCUGGCUCGGAGCAUGCGACUUCUCAGAUCAUGGACUUUACGAACGGUGAGGGAGUAGCCGCAGUUGUUGUCUGUACAGACUCCCUGUCAGCCAACAGUUGGGCUUUGACACUACUACGAAUUGGAGGCGUUAUGGGAGUUCUGGGCUUGCCUGCUGAGAAUUGGAGGUUCGACUCUAGCGUCAUCGUUUUUAGAGAGCUCACGAUUCGGGGAACUUAUGUUGCGAGUCGGGAAUCCACUGAAAGGAUGAUGGAGGCCGUGGAGAGGGUCAGCAUCAGGUCCCACAUCACUCUGAUGUCGUUUGACGAGAUCCCGACUAUUGUCACUGCUUAUCAGGAUAGCGGUUUCAAAGGCAGGCUUGUGGUGCGCAUAGCAGACUGAGGAGACUCCAUCGUCUUAGUAUGUUAGAUUGCUAGCAGUAUCGAAUCUUAUCUUGCGAGGCGCCAUAGAGAUAAUGUCAUUGCCUAUCCGUGGUACGAGAAGAUUGUUUGGGUAACACUCAUCACUCAUGG